AGAUUCGUCGCGAGUUGAUGACGUUGUAGACAAUCUAUCUGGCAGGUGCAGUCAAAUCCAACUGCUUCAAACAGUGUUUCGAGAAUGACAGAGAACGAUGUUGAUAACGAGCUGUUGGACUAUGAGGAGGAUGAGGUAGAUGCUGGUGGUGCAGGGGACGCAGGCCUUGGACACAGCGAUGGCAUCAUAUCCAUCAGGAAAGAAGGCGUCAAAGGGUCAUAUGUGUCCAUCCACUCCUCAGGGUUCAGAGAUUUCCUUCUCAAACCAGAACUCCUAAGAGCGAUAGUGGACUGCGGAUUUGAACAUCCAUCUGAGGUUCAGCAUGAAUGCAUUCCUCAGGCCAUCUUGGGAAUGGAUGUUUUAUGUCAGGCCAAGUCUGGAAUGGGGAAGACAGCUGUCUUUGUGUUGGCCACCCUUCAGCAGCUGGAGCCUGUGACUGGUCAGGUGUCAGUGCUGGUGAUGUGUCACACACGAGAGCUGGCAUUCCAGAUCAGUAAAGAGUACGAGCGCUUCUCUAAAUACAUGCCCAGUGUCAAGGUGGCAGUAUUCUUUGGUGGUUUGUCCAUAAAGAAGGACGAGGAGGUGCUGAAGAAGGAGAGUCCUCAUGUGGUGGUGGGAACUCCUGGACGGAUUCUAGCUCUGUCCCGCAACAAGAGUCUCAACCUGCGCCACAUCAAACACUUCAUUCUGGAUGAAUGUGAUAAGAUGCUGGAGCAACUUGACAUGCGUCGGGAUGUCCAAGAAAUCUUUCGAAUGACCCCUCAUGAGAAGCAGGUCAUGAUGUUCAGUGCCACCCUGAGCAAAGAGAUCCGUCCUGUCUGCAGAAAGUUCAUGCAAGAUCCGAUGGAAAUUUUUGUGGACGACGAGACCAAGUUGACACUUCACGGCCUCCAGCAGUACUACGUCAAGCUGAAGGACAACGAGAAGAACAGGAAGCUCUUUGAUCUCCUGGAUGUGUUGGAGUUCAACCAGGUGGUGAUCUUUGUGAAGUCGGUGCAGCGUUGUAUUGCUCUCGCUCAGUUGCUGGUGGAGCAAAAUUUCCCUGCCAUUGCCAUUCAUAGAGCAAUGCCCCAAGACGAAAGACUAGCUCGAUAUCAGCAAUUUAAAGAUUUCCAGAGAAGGAUCCUGGUAGCCACUAAUCUGUUUGGCCGAGGUAUGGACAUCGAAAGAGUCAACAUUGCCUUUAACUACGACAUGCCUGAAGACUCUGACACGUACCUGCACAGGGUUGCACGGGCUGGCAGAUUCGGAACAAAAGGUCUGGCCAUCACCUUUGUGUCCGAUGAAAAUGAUGCCCGCACUUUGAAUGACGUUCAGGACAGGUUUGAGGUGAACAUCAGUGAACUUCCAGAGGAGAUUGACAUCUCAUCAUACAUUGAACAAACACGAUAAAGAUGACAACACUAAAUGCAGGAGUUUCUUCAGAAGGAUGCAUGGGAUUGUAGCAUUUGAUAGCAAUUGAGUUUGUAUUUCACUGUUCCAGUGUUAGUGAAUACUUCUAUGGCUCACAUCGCUGCGUUAUCCAGUAUUGUGGUGGUUUCCUGACGCCUUCUUGGUUUCGUUUUUGCUUAUUGAAAGUUAAUAAAUGCAAUAUUUUGUUUUUUAUGACUUUUUUUCCUUUCGAUAUGAAUUAUUUUGUGUUUGGGAUGUUUGUUUUUACUUUGUUUUUAAUGAAGAGAUAUACUUUAUCAUUUCUGUUGUGAGAGGAAGAGUUCUCAUUUUUGGAUUAUAAUGGGCUACACAGUUGACUGCAGUGAAGUAGAAUUGAUCAAAAGUUACUAAAUAUAUUAGCAGUGUAUGCUGAAUGCUUGUUACCAGUGGAGUAGGUAUUUAAAACAAUGUUUGUUCAUUCAGUUGUCAACUGGCAGGCCACUUUGUUUAAACUACUCAAUGCUUGUUAAACCAAAUAAAGUAUUGUUUGAUUUACA